AUGACCAGUCCAAUGAACUCUACAAAAAUCCGUAUAAGUCUGAGUUUUCCGCGUAUUUGAUGUUAUCAUAGUUUUGUCAUUUUGAAAAGUUCCGAUGAAGUUAUCUGGAGGUUAAUCUUUAUCUUGGCUCUCAAACGUCGUUUUUCGAACCAAUUUUGAAAAUGUUCAAAACUAGUUUGGAUUAUACCCCAAUCUGUCCCUUUUUCUGCAAAAAAAUACGGUAUACCCGAUUGGACCAAACUUCUCUUCGAGACCUUCUUGUCUUUUGCUGCCUUUCUACAGAUUUUUUAAAAAAAAAAGUGUACGGUACCUUUUUUUACUGCUGUGCUUUCAUGACUCGAUGUUAUCGAACUAUAUCGAAGAUUUUUCUGAUUCUUGAAUAUUUUGUUUCAGGAAGCACCCGUCAAACUAGCGAACGCGAUAAUGUAAGUUUUAAAAGAAAUAAUCUUUGAAAAUCAAAAUUUCUACAGAAAUCUUCACGUGGGAGUUCAGGAGAGAAGCGCUGUAAUUUUUCUCAUUGUGAUGCUGAAAAUUGAAGCUUUUUAUAGCACUUCUGACCCACAGGUCGGCCACACAAGUUCUCGACAAACAAGGCUUGGAUAAAUUGAAAGAGCCACUUUUAAAGGUGAGGAAAUCGCGAUAAUGCUUGGAUUUUUUUCGAUGAUGCUUUUUUUACUCCUAUGAAAGAAAAAAACAGGGUAAAAAUACGGUGAUCAAUCAAUUUUAGAAGGAAACUUCAGAAAAGUUCGACUUUCAAUCAUUUUCAAAUAAAGUUGCAGCGAUUUCUUUCAAAAAACCUGCAUGUUUUUUUUUAACCGAUUUCAUUAUUCUUUUCGAAUUCUCAAAAAAUUCCCACCACUAAAAAGUUUUAACGAAUGUUUCUUUUACUGUCACUUUGAAGAAAUCGAAAUCAUCUGUCGAGCUCUUAUUUUUUCGGGUGUUUUAUUCUACUCAUUGGUAAGAAAAAUGAAAAUUUUUGAAGAUCGCUUUGUUGAAUAUAUCAGAAGUUAUUAAGCUUGAAGAAUUAAUUUAUUACGAGUCAGCCUAAUACAUUUAAUCAGACAUAACAUAAAACCUGCUUCAUCACUCAUCAUGGAAGUUUUCAGAAAUUAAUGAUUGAAUUUUCCUUGAAGUUAUGGAAAACUAAUUUUUCGACAUCUAGAAAGAAAAUGUGGCGGUGACAAUAGAAGAAGAGCCUUCGACGGCGCCGACUCAACAAGAUCUGGACGAUGAACGCGAUAUCGCGCUGGCUAGUCAGCGAUUUCGCAGAACCUCCAAAGUCAUUAUAACUUUCUGGAUUGUCCAUCAAACAUUUUUUUAAGGAGAAAAAGUCAGAAAUGAGCAGUUCUGUGUCUCAAAGCGUCGUAUCGGUGAAAACGUCCAUUUUUUUCGAAACCUUGUUUUUUUCAGAAAAAGCUUUCUUGGUUGAACAUUGAAGCGUCCGUGAGAAAAGACGACCAAGAUCUCAAGCCGAUUCUCAAAUCUGGUCUUGAAACCGAGAAAAUAGGAAAAUGUUCGAAUUUCAGUAACUGGGUGCGCGAAAGCUGGCGAAGUUACCUUCAUCAUGGGAUCCAGGUGUUUGAAGUGAUAUCGAAGCGGAAAAAAAUGGAUUUUUUGCAGUGGUGCUGGAAAAACGACACUUUUGAAUAUUCUGACUGGAAGGAAUUUGAAGAAAAUUGAGCGGCAGGGACAAGUUUUCGUCAAUAAGUUCGUUUUGAUGAGAAAAAAAGAAGUUUUUUUGGUUGUGAAAAAAAUAUUUUUUAAAAAAAUUUUUAGAUUAUCAAAAUGUUCAUUUUUACCUAAUGUUAACUAGAUUUUUGAAAUAACAAAAAAGUCAAAUCGAAAAAGUGCAUUAUUAUCCAAACACUUUAAUGUAUAAUCAGCUUCAUUACAUGUGGUCUGAAACUGUCUAAAUAAAAUAAUUGGCAGCCGAGAAAUGCGCCCCGGAGAUAUGAACAAAGUCAGUGCUUACGUGCAACAGGACGACGUCUUCAUCGGACUCCUCACCGUCUCCGAAACCCUUCAUUUCGCUGUCAGCUUUUCCCUUUUCUCAGAAAAAGAGAAGCAAAACCUUGAAAACAUCUCCAUGUCAUCACUUUUUUCACAUCACGCGAAUCGGACGUGUUGGGCCAUUUCUAGUGACCACUUUAGUAGCGUCAGCACUCUUAAGAGAUCCUUAGAAUUGCUCAAAAACGUCCGCAGCGAGUCCGAUUUGCGUUACCGAGGUCCGAGAAGCUGCAAAAAAGUCAAAUAUAUAUGAAGAAAUUUUGACAGGUCGAACUUUGAAGCCUGAAAAACCUGAAAGUAUUGAUUUUUAGUAAAGUGAAUAGAAAAAUAUUUACAAAAACGUUUUAAAAUAAUAUUCAAAAGAUUCCAGGCAAAGCUGCGAUCUCCAAAAGAGCUGACUGAAGAUGAAAGGCAUGAAAUUGUUGAUGAUCUCAUUUCGAUGGUACUUAUCAGAAUUUUUGCUUUGUUUGAAAUUGUUAACAUUUUGAGAUGAGCCUUUCAAAGUGCAAAGAUACGAAGGUCGGCUCGAGUCUGGAGAAAAGUCUUUCUCGUGGAGAACGGAAAAGACUCGCUUUUGCUUGUGAAGUUUGUGGUUUUGAAAGAAACAUACAUUGAGGGUGCUCAGUACUCUGAUUUUUUUUUAAAAGAAAAUGCGAAACGAAAAAAUGAAUGGAAAAAAUAAAGCUUGUCGAGUUUACUAUAAAAAUCCAAAAUGGUUUUUCUUAGAAGCAAUUUUUUAUCAUUCCUUGUCAUUUCGCACUUUAUUUUUCUUCAAAAUCCUCGAGUUUUUUGGUUAUAUUCUGUUCCAGUGCCUCUAGUCGUUCUCAUUAUGGUUACUGUGAGCUCUUUUUUUAUAUUCUAAAGAAAAAUUAUUCAGUAAGAACUUUAUUUUGAACUUUUUCUAAAGUGUAUUUAUAUAUUUUACGAGAAAUUCGAAAAUUGUUGAGGUUCUCACGGACCCACCAAUCUUGUUCUGCGACGAACCGACGUCAGGAUUGGAUUCUUAUAUGGCUCAUCAGGUGGAAAAGAGGAAAUAUGCUUAAUUUGACUCGAGAUUCAGGUAGUCAAGUCGUUGGUGAGACUUUCGAAGGAAAAUAAGACGAUAGUUUGCACGAUCCAUCAGCCGAGCACUAUCGUCUAUCAGAUGGCCGAUACGUUCGUUUUUUUCCUCAGAAUGUGAAAACAAAGUCGAUAAGGAUGUAUAUGUCAUUCAUUAUCAGUUACAUGAGGGAUCUAAGCUUCAUAAAAACAAGAAGAAAAAAGCAAAUGAGUAAAAUAAACGGGAUGUGAUAUACCAACCAGUUCAUCACAAAAACCUGCUUUCUCUGCGAUCUCUUUUCUCUUGAAGGCUUUUUUUUUAGCUUUUUCUUUCUCUUAAAUAUUCUUUUUUCCAGACUAAUUCUGAUGUGCCAGGGAAAAGUGGCUUAUCACGGUGCAGCAUCUAAUGUCGAAUCUUUUUUCGCCAGAUUUUUUUUUCCCAGAGAAUCUCAAUAAGGACUAGAUUAUUUCAGAUGCGGUUACAAACUUCCAGAUUUUAUCAGUCUGCCUGACCAUUUCAUGCGGAUCGUUUCUCAGGGCAACUCGGAAACGGAGAUUCAGUUCACAGAUCGUGUCCAGGUUUCGAUAGGAGUUUAGAAUGAGAUGAAAAAUGAAAAUGAGAAGGGAAGUCUGAAUUUUUUUUUAGUGAAUAGGUGUUUCAUUAUACCUUUUCAAAAAUUUCUCAAUUAGACUGAAAUUUUGAACUGAUUUUCGAAAAAUAUCCUUAUAUUUUAUUUUACAAUUUUACAAUUUUUAAUUUUAAGCGUAUCUGAUUCUCCUUUACAUUUACGUUUUUGUAUUUUCAGAAGUUCUGGGAAUCCUCCAACUUUUUGAGCUUGACAAUGUCUGCUAAUAGUUUUUAUUUAGAAUUCAGGGAACUCUCCAAACGAUGUGAAAUGAAAAUUCCCCUUUGAAAAAUCUUUUUCAGAGAGUCUACCACGAGUAUGAAGAAAUGUCCAAGCCGGAGACGCCGUCCUGCUACUCGUCGAAAGGAGCUGAGGAUGGCAGUAAAUUAUGGUUUGUUCGAGAAGUCAUUUUGAAGGCUCAGCUAAUUGAAAGGGUAAUUAUAGCUAAUACCGCACCAGAUUGUCACGAUUUCCGUUUUCCUGUGAGCUACAGUAUCUUUCUUUUCGAUGUUCAUGCGCCUUUCUUAUAACGGAAUUUUCAUGCCUAUUCAAAGGCUCAUGUGAAGAAACAAGCCACGCGCUUCAAACGGAACGAUUUUGUAGCUCGGAAUAUGCUGUAUUAAUCUUUACGUCUUUUUCUCCAUAGGUCAAAGGUUGAAAAAUCAGAAGAUUCGAAAGAUUUUUGUUCAUCGCAAAAUCCUCCCUUUGCCAUCUUCCAUGCAAACCUUAUGUAGUCCUUGAGCCCGCUUCCUUCAAAAAACAUGUCUGGAGGCCAUUUACCCUUCAUAUUUGUCUUCGAUUCGUUCCAAACCCUGUUCAGAUGAGUGUUAUUGAAGGUUCCACCGAAGUUGGGUCUCCCAGUUUGUUUACCUUUUCGAUCGGGCCUGGAAACAGCUGAUGCGCGACCGGCAACUCAUCAUCAUCAAAAUCUUCCAGACAACGGUCCUUUUCUUAGACGAAGGGACAACUUGAGUGGUUUUCCAGCUGAUGUCCAUCAUGCUGGGCUGCGUCUUCCUGCAAAUGCCGCUGGACAAGGCCCAUCUCGACAGUUAUAAGGGCAUUUCUUUCGUUUCCGUGCAACUCAUGCACAUGCUCUUCCUCUUUCCGAGUAUGACGGUUAGGUUUUGGAAUCUUCUAGUGUGUUCAAGGACAGUCUGAGAAGCUAGGUUAUGAAUUGAACUCAAAGCGCCACCGGCGUCUGAAAACAACAAAGGCAAUUUUUUAUGAUGGUUCUGAAUUUUUGCCUAAGAGAAGGCCUGUGAGAUAUUUUAUGUCCUAUCGAUGCUGAAAAAGAAAACUUUUCAAAUUUAAGUGACCUUUUUUAGACAGAAGGUAAGCUCAAAAAAAACCCGAAAAAAGUUACAUAUUACUUAUCCAAAGUUCAGCUCAAUCGAAAAGCCUGAUUUGUACAACUUUGAGAAAUCAUUACUUUUUCGCCUUUUUGGCAGUUUUCAAGUAGAGAUUCAGAGUCGUAUGAUAAGAUUGACAUUUUCUGAAGCUCUCAAAGUUGAACAUCCAUCCGAGUUUGUUAAAUACGUUCAAAAUCUUCUCCCAGAUCUUCUGGCGCGAUUUUCCGAUAGUUGUCCGAGAGUAUCAGUCCAACAUGUACAGCCCGAGUGCAUACUUUGCCGCCAAAAGCCUUGUCGACGUUGGUUUCCAACUUUUUCUCCUUCAGAAAUUUCCGUCUUUAGACUAUCCAAUAUCUAUGUUUUCCGGCAAUUUUCGCGACCAUCGUCUAUUUCAUGGCCGGUUUGAAUGUAGCUAUGAAUAUCUUGAAAUAAAAGCGCAAACUUCAGGUCUGCCGUUGAAUUUCUUCUCGAUAACGACUUAUGUCGUCGUGGUGAUCUUGAUGAGUGCAACGGCGUCUUCAGUCGGUUCGAAAAGCUCCAUUUUUAUUUUGCGAACACUUUGAUGUUCAGCUCAUGCGGCGGCAUCUUGCUUUGGCGAUUUGCCGACGGCGAUGUCGCUCGUUCCACUUUUCACCAUUCCUCUGAUGACUUGUGGUUGGUAGAUCUCAACUUUCAGUGGUUUUUAAAAAAAUAUAAAUGUGAUGAAAAGAACAUUUUGAAUUUUGAAAGAGGCCAGAAAAAGGCUCUGACUACGCGGCGUCUGUGUUAUACCGAGAAUUGAAGUAUUAAUAGAUUUUUUUGGGAACCUUUAUCCAAAAUUUUGCUAUAUUCUUUUUUUAAUAGACACUUUUGACACUUCUCACAGGUAGAUAGAAAAAAUAAAAAUCGGUGGGAUGAAUUUUUUUUCAUCGGCUACAGCCGAAUUUUAUCCCUGAAUAUUUUUGUCUUCAUAUAGUGCAUCGCUCACUUUUGAUUUUAAAAAUUUGCCAUGGAGCACGAAAACUCCUGCACAAGUUCUUAGGGGAGGCUGUUUCAUCCUUCUAUUUUUUUUCUGACGCGAAAAGUUCCCUACCCUCUCAGGAAUUUCUGAAACAUCAUUUCUAAGACUUUCAUAAUUUGAAUUAUCUCUGCCCUAUUUUUUACUUUUGACUUGGCCCGAUCGAAAUCUUGAAGAUUUCAGGGGGCUUCUAUAUUUCUCGCGACCGUAUCCCCAUUUACUUCUAUCCGUUCAAAUAUCUUUCCUGGCAUGGCUAUGCCUUCGAAAUCAUCCUGAUUGGAUUACUCGCGGACCGCGGCCAUAUCGAAGGCUGUACGGGCCAGGCGGACCUGCCUGAUGUCCCGUGUUCGACUGGCGAACAGGUAAAGAACAUCUUUCUAGUUGGAGCUUGGGAAUUUUUUGAAAGUUGGGCUGGAUAGACUAGAGGAGCUCAUGGGAGUCUCAAGCUGCAAAUAAUUCUCUUUUACAAGUCGCUUUUUUGGGUACGGUACCGUGAAUUUGACCUGGGAAACUUUUUUUCUCGAAAAGUAGAAAGUUUUGGAGAUUGAGAUUUUUUUUGAUUCUUGUCUAUCACGUCUUUUGCCCGAUUUUAAAAUAGCUCUGGAGUCUUCUAUCGAAAUCCAUUGUAAACUCCUCUGAAAGCUUGAUAUAUUUGCCUUCCUCAGGCUGUUAUUGAUGCUUCUUUUCAUCCGGAUCACUACUGGCGCAACUUUGGCUUCAUUUUUUUUGCCAUAUUCUUUUGGAAGCUCGUCGCAACUGUUGCCUACACUUACCGGGUCCGGAAGGCCUGA